GGCGCGCUCCCUCAGCCCCACGGCGCUGUCCCGCAGCCUGUCCCGCCUGCGCGAGCAGCGCGCCCGCUCGCGGGCCAUGCUGGCCCUGGGGGUCACGCAGAUGGUGCUCGGCUGCCUCAUCGUGGCCGUCAGCUUCGCCGCCCUGGCGCUCACCACCUCGGCCCGCGUCCGCCACUCCUGCCCCUUCUGGGCCGGAUUCUCGGUGCUGUUGUCAGGACUGAUUGGUGUUGUUUCAUGGAAGAGGCCCCUGUCCCUUGUGAUAACGUUUUUCAUGCUGCUCUCUGCAGUGUGUGUGAUGCUGAACCUGGCCGGGUCCAUUCUCUCCUGUCAGAAUGCUCAGCUGGUGAAGUCCCUGGAAGGAUGUCAGCUGAUUAAAUUCGACAGUGAUGGUGUCUGUGUUUGCUGUGAAAUGCAGCACCAGACAUCAGGCUGCAGUAACCUGGGAGAAACACUGAAGCUGAACCCUCUGCAGGAGUGCAAUGCAGUGAGGCUGACCCUCAAGGACCUGUUGUUCAGUGUGUGCGCUCUCAAUAUCAUCUCCACCAUUGUCUGUGCUUUGGCAACAGCAAUGUGUUGCAUGCAGAUGGUUUCUUCUGAUCUCCUGCAAAUGUUUCCCUCUUACAGCCUUUUUCACUUUAAUUUCUGUGCCUUCCAGCAGGAUGAUAUCACACAGUUUCUGCCACAGAGGCCACAUUCUGCCAAUCCUGACUGCAUGACUCCACAUGGGACUGUCCUGCACCAGACCUUGGAUUUUGAUGAGUUCAUCCCACCAAUCCCCCCCCCUCCCUACUACCCACCAGAGUACACCUGCACGCCCGUGGGGGAGGCACAGAGAAGUCUCCAUUUGGACUUCCCUCAUUCCCCAUUUGGUGCUCUAUAUGAAGUAACCAUUAAUAGCCCAGGAAUGCUGUAUCCAAGUGAGCUGCCCCCUCCUUAUGAGGCAGUGAUUGGAGAGAUGCCUGCCAGACAGGUCACUGGUGCUGCUCAGCAAGUGUCUGAACCGAGCCUGGGGGAGAGGAACACGACCCCGGACUUCAGCACCCAAGUUUCUGUGGAGAGCACCUCUUUGAUGGUCUCUGAGGCUGUUGAUGUCCCAGACCAUAGCUACUCCUCUGAAGAUUUUUGUUCGCUGGAAGUUCAAGGAUCUCUCCAGUCUGCAGAUCUUUCUCCCUACUGCAUAACCCCCAAGGGGGCUGCAGAGCAGAGCUGCAGUGCCCUGGAUUGCCACCCUCGCUGCAGGUGUCACAGAACUCGCUCUGAGGGCUUUCCUGAUGAGGGUGACAGCUCCCACAGCCCAGCCUCCACAGACACGUCCCAAGCACAGGAAAAGAGCUGUGCCCACGGCAGGUCCUUGGACUGUUCCUCAGGGAAUUACAGCCCCUCAGAACGAGAACUGCAGAGUUCUGCUCAAGAGAGCAGUGCCACGCCGCCUUUGAAGCAGAAGAAAACCUGCUGUGUGGACUGUCACCAGCCUCCUGCCACUUUGCAGACCUCUCCCUGUUUUGGGCCAGCAAACACUUCAGCAGGUGGCCCCGAGGCUGCUGUCCAGCAGCAGCAGCAGCACCUCAGCAAGCCCCCAGCCCCAGCCAUCGUCCGCUCCAGCAGUGCCCCCGUGUCCUGCUCCUCUGCCACCGAAGGUGAUAAUUGUGCCUGGACUUCUGUGUGCAGGCAGUGCCAAGAUGCAGGAUUAUCUCCAGCUACAGGAGAAACAGUUCCUGUCUCUGGUUCUCAUAUGGCUGCCUCUGCUUGCCAGCAUUCUUUGAGCAGUUUUCUACCAACUGGAAAACAGAGGGAUACAAGGAAAAUUGAUCUGCACCUAAAGCCAAAGGCUUUUCACACCGUCUCGAAAGAGCGGCCACGCUCCUUAGUGGACCUUAAGGCCUAUAAAGACACAAAAAUUUUAGUGGCAAAAUUUUUGGAACAUUCAAACUGUAAUCUCCCUCCAGAAGUGCGUCACGUAGUGAACAGCAUACGGUCAGUCAUUAAAUCUGAUGAGAGACACAUGGAAGAAGCCAUCUUCAGUGCCAAUAUCAUAGACCAGGUGAUGACGAGCUCCCAGCAGGGCGCGGGCGGCUGCAGGAAGCGGCUGCAGGGGGAUCUGCACCUGCGGAGCUGCGGCGCCCUGAGCUCCGCCGCGGCCCCGGCGCGCAGCCGGACCCCGCUCAGCCGCGCCCUGGAGCGGGAGCGGCCGCACAGCCUGAUCGGGGUGUGCCGGGAAACCAUCCUGUGACCGGGGUGUGCCGGGGAACCCUCCUGUGACCGGGGUGUGCCGGGAAACCAUCCUGUGACCGGGGUGUGC